AUGACAGCCCCCGAGCUCUGUGUAGAUACUUUCAGUGCUCCUUCGGGGCGUCCCCAGGAGCCCUCUGCCCAGCAGCCCAGGCUACCCUCCAGUCCGAGCCCUGCACAAGCCCUCGCUUCCUAUCACCACUUCCCUACCAAUGACCAGGAACGCUGGUGGCAGGAGACGGGCUCGCUGUUCAGCCGGUUCCUCGAAGCCGGACAGUACGCGCUGCACCAACAGUACCAGUUUAUGUUCUUCUUCAUGCAUCAUCUCAUUCCCGCCCUCGGGCCUUAUCCGCAGAAAUGGCGCAGCACAAUUUCGCGCAGCGGACUGCCGAUUGAAUUCAGUCUCAACUUCCAGAAGGGCUCGCACCGACUGUUGCGCAUCGGGUUUGAACCCGUCAGCUUCCUGUCUGGAUCGUCGCAAGAUCCGUUCAAUCGGAUCCCCAUCACGGAUCUUCUGAACCGGCUCUCGAAGCUCCCACUGAGUAACUUCGACACGCCGUUCUUCCAACACCUGCUCAACAAGUUCCAACUGUCGCUGAGCGAGGUCCGCCAGCUGCAGAAGGAGGGCUCUGGCCCGGAUGCCCACCCGCUCAAGUCGCAGGCCGCCUUUGGCUUUGACUUUAACCCAGACGGCGCCAUUCUCGUCAAGGGCUAUGUAUUCCCGUAUCUGAAAGCAAAGGCAGCGGACGUGCCAGUUGGGACACUCAUCGCGGACGCGGUGCGCACCAUCGACGCGGAGAGGAAUCAGUUUAGCCACGCAUUCGGCCUGAUCAACGAUUACAUGCAGGAAAGCACGGGAUACAACGAGUACACAUUUCUGUCCUGCGACUUUGUUGAAACAUCUGGGCAGCGCCUCAAGAUCUACGGUGCCCACACGGAGGUGACAUGGGCGAAGAUUGCAGAGAUGUGGACUCUAGGCGGCCGACUGAUCGAAGAGCCCGAAAUUAUCGAGGGGCUGGCCCGAUUGAAGCAGAUCUGGUCUUUGCUGCAGAUUGGCGAAGGCAGCCGUGCCUUUAAGGGGGGGUUUGAUUACGACAAGUCCAGUGCCACCGACCAGAUUGCAUCGCCCAUUAUCUGGAACUACGAAAUCCACCCAGGAAGUCGCUUCCCCGUGCCCAAGUUCUACCUCCCCGUGCAUGGCGAGAAUGAUCUGCACGUCGCUCGGUCGUUGGCCCAGUUUUGGGACUCGCUGGGCUGGCCAGACCAUGCCUGCGCCUAUCCGGAUACCUUGCAGCAGCUGUACCCCGACCAGGACAUUUCCCAGACAACCCGUUUGCAAUCUUGGAUAUCGUAUUGCUAUACCGCGAAAAAGGGGGUCUACAUGAGCGUCUAUUACCAUUCACAAAGCACCUAUCUGUGGGAGGAAGAUUGA